GGGUUUUACAGGAAGUUGCACACAAGAGUUCAUGCCAACGGAACGACUCGACGCAGGCCACAAACAUAAACAUCUCCGCUUUAGCUUAAUGUGAAAGGAAGCGUUUAUGGGGAAAUUUGAAAAAGAAUAAGAGUAACUACAGUUUCUAACCUAGCUACCGUAUUUCCACUUCGUUAAGAUGUCAGAGGACCUGAUGAAACAGCUCAACAGCUACAAGGCCCAACUGCAGCAGGUGGAGGCCGCCCUCAGCACCGACACAGAGAAUGAGGAUCUGCUCAAGCUACAGAAAGACCUGCAGGAGGUAAUUGAGCUGACUAAAGACCUGCUCAGCUCCCAACCAGCUGAAGGAGGUUCCAGCACAAACAGCUCUGAAGCCAAGAUACAGAAUGUCAGCUGGAGCGUUGGGGACAAGUGCAUGGCAGUGUGGAGCCAGGAUGGACAGUGGUAUGAGGCUGAGCUGGAGGAGGUGGAUGUGGAAAACGGUACGGCGGCGGUCACCUUCGCCGGCUAUGGCAACGCAGAGGUAGUGCCACUAAGCGGGCUCAAACAGCCUCACGAGGGCCACGGACCAGAGGACGAGAGCAAAUCCAAGAGCAGGAGGGAGAUGAUUCAGGAGCAGAGAGAGUACAAGAAGAAGAAGGCCCAGAAGAAGGUGCAGCGGUUGAAGGAGAUUGAACAGGAGCGCGAACAACAGAAGAGCAAGUGGCAGCAGUUUAACAACAAGGCCUACAACAAGAACAAGAAGGGCCAGGUCAAGCGCAGCAUCUUCGCGUCUCCCGAGAGUGUGAAUGGGAAGGUCGGUGUGGGGACCUGUGGGAUUGCUGACAAGCCCAUGACGCAGUACCACGACACCUCUAAAUACAACGUCAGGCACCUCAUGCCCCAGUGAUUGCGUCUGUCUGCGUGUGUGUGUGUGUGUGUGUGUGUGUGUGUGUGUGUGUGUGUGUGUGUGUGUGUGUGUGUCCCAGUGUGUUUGAGGGAGAGACUGUUGACAUUUGGUUCAUUGGUGCAUAUGUAUGAUAAUGUGUGUGUGUGUGGAUGUGCGUACACAUGUGUUUACCUGUUAGUGUAAUAAUGACCAUUUUAUUUGCGCCUUAGGUGUCCUCUUCUGUUUUGGUUUUUGUAUAUUUACAUCUGGCACAAUAAAUGAUUUUGAAGAUGAA